UAGUAUUAUUGGUAUCAUUGCUAUUGUUUUGUUUAGUGCUUGAAAAGUGCUAUAUAAAUAUUUUUUAUUAUUAUUAUAUUAUUAUUAUUGGAGUUUAAAAUGGACAAGAAAUUACAAGUAGUAUCAUGAGAAACAGGGUUUAGAUCAUUUAUUAUGAAUGAUUUGGCGACCAAUCCUAAUCUAAUAAAGCUCAUUAUUUUUCAGGAUUUCACCAUGGAUAAUGAAAGUGAGGUCCUGUUUUCUGCUCUGGAUGCUCUGGACAAGAAACAAUUGAAGCGGUUCAAAUUUUACCUGACUAAUUUAUCAUCCUUGCCCAGUGGAUGGACACCAAUUCCAAAAGGCAACCUGACCGCAGCAGACACAACAGACAUUGUGGAACUAAUGAUACAGUAUAACGGCAAGGAAAACUUGCUGAAGGGAGCAAGAGACAUUCUUGGAAAAAUGGGCCAGAAUGACCUUCUAAGCAAAGUGGAGACUUGGAUGAAACGAAAAGAGAAUGUGGAUCCAAUGAUGGAAAGUGAUGAGGUCCAGGACCGGAAGAGAAUCUCUCAGCUUCAUAAGACUGCGAUGAGGAGGAAGCUUGAAUUUGUGAAUGAAGGAACUGUGGAAGGAAAGAAGAGCAAGCUCAACAGGAUGUACACAACACCUCAGAUCGUGAGGGGAGAAUGUGAGGGAGUAAAUACAGAACAUGAGGUUAUGGAGGCAGAGCAGUUCAGAUCACAGAAAAGGCCAGAUACCCCAUUUGACUGCAAUGAACUCUUCAGUGAUGGAUACAUUAGAACAGUGCUGACAGAAGGUGUAGGGGGCAUUGGAAAAACAGUCUACAUACAGAAGUUUAUUCUUGACUGGGCAGAAGGGCAAUCAAAUCAGCAAUUUGACUUUGUGUUUUUGCUGCCUUUUCGGAUAUUAAAUUCGAUUAAAGAUGAACACUACUCUUUGCAUAGACUUCUACUGAAAUUUUACCCUGAGCUUGAGGAUCUGAAGGAUCCACAUGCUUAUACACAUUGUGCUUUGUUCAUAUUUGAUGGUCUGGAUGAAAGUCAGUUGAACCUAAAUUUUGAAAACACUUUGCCAGCUCAAAGUGACUCUCAAACAGUGGAGACAGCGAUCACAAAUCUAAUAAAAGGAGAAGCCUUUCCCUCAGCAAAAAUAUGGAUAACUUCCAGACCAGCAGCAUCUAGACAGAUACCAUCUGAAUACAUUAAUCAGGUGCUGGAGGCACAAGGAUUUAGCGAUCCUCAGAAGGAAGAGUACUUCAGGAAGAACUUGGAUACAACUCUAGCCACUCGAGUCAUUAAACACAUAAAGACAACAAAGAGCCUCUAUAUCAUGUGCCACAUGCCACUUUUCUGUUGGAUGUCAGCCAUGGUGUACAAGAAGUUGGACAUAACUGGCAAGUGGCAAAUGAAUAGCUCAGAGUUCCCAACAACCCUGACGGAAAUGCUGAUCCACUUCCUUCAUAUUCAGACGAAAAUAAAAAAUAAGAAACUACAUGAUAAAUAUGAAGACGGAAGGGAUGAGCUUUGGGACAGACACAAAAAAAAUGUUUUGAAAUUGGCUAAGUUAGCACUUGAAGAAUUAGAUAUUAAAAACUUUAUGUUUUCAAGGGACCAUCUGAACAAGUGUGGGAUUGAUGUCAAACAAACAUCAGUGCACUCUGGUAUAUUGACUGAAAUCAGCCAGGAAGUCACCGGCUUUUUUAAGAGUAGAAUGUACUGCUUCAUUCAUCCCAUCAUCCAAGAAUUCCUUGCCGCUCUCUAUGUAUUUUAUGCAUAUGCAAAACAGGACAUGAAUAAGCUUAGGUCUUUGAGCAGUAUCAGGUAUAAUGCAUUACCUCUAAAAGUCCCUCUGCAUGAAAUUUUGAAUAUGGCUGUGGAUGGAGCUUUGAAAAGUGCUAAUGGACACUUAGACCUCUUCCUCCGCUUCCUUCUGGGACUGUCAUUGGACUCCAGUCAGGAACUCUUACUUGGUCUAUUGCCAGACAAAGUACGUAGUUCAAAUAGUAUCAAGGAAGCGUGUCGGACUAUCCAUGAGAAGUUCGCGGAGAAUCUUCCACCUGAAAGAUGCAUCAAUCUGUUUCACUGCUUGCUAGAAAUGAAAAACACCACCCUGUACAAAGACAUUAAGGACUACGGAAUGUGUGGCAGGACUGACCUCUCGCCGGCCCACUGUUCGGCACUGGCCUCCCUUCUCCUGAUGUCUGAGGAGCCGCUGGAGGAGUUUGAUCUCCGGAUGUACAAAACGUCAGAAGAGGGCUGUAGAAGACUGGUUCCUGUGGUGAAAUGGUGCAAAAAAGCAUUACUCCCAUGGUGUAAACUCACCGACGCCUCAUGCACAGUGAUUGCCUCAGCUCUAAAGGCAAGAAAUUCACAGCUUACAGAACUGGACCUUAGCUGCAAUGAUCUUUUUGAUCCAGGAGUGAUGCAGCUUUGUGAAGGACUUGCUUCUUCAAACUGUGGACUGGAAGUAUUGAGACUUGCUAGCUGCUCUCUCAGAGAAGAAUCCUGCAAAAGUCUUGUGCCAGUUCUCACAUCAGAAAGCAGCCAUCUACAGGAAUUGGACCUAAGUGAUAAUGACCUGGGUGAUGAGGGAAUUAACCACCUUCGGAUCGGACUGCAGAGUGAGAACUGCAAUUUGAAAUCUCUGAGCACUCGCAAGAGGGCACCAAAUCAAGCUACGGAUGACCACAAUGAGCAAUACCCCCAGAGUCUCUCGAGAGGGGGGAGGAUGAGAGACUCGCAAGGACGGACACAUCGGUACAGACCAGGACUGAUACACGGCUAACGAGAAGGCUCACCCAAACCACACUGACAGGGACGGCACCAGAAGUGCGAUGCCAAUGUGGCAAGAUAUGCAAGAACACCAGAGGGCUAAAGAUCCAUCAAGCCAAGACCAAGUGUGAAGAGGAGGCAAUUUUGUUGCAGCGCAGGGUGGCAACACCACGUCAGAUGCAGGAGAACCCCAGUCAGGAGGCACCCCACAGCACUGGAGAUCUCUUGGCAACGGCUUUGCCUUUGAACCACACAGUGGUCAACUCUGAUGCCUCCUCAACCUCAACCUGCAAAAGACAGAGUAAAAUGGGCGAAAAUGAGUGGCAGCAGCUGGAUGAGGAUCUGUGUAAGAUUCCUGAAACUGCUCUGGUAGGGGCAGCAGAACAGAAGAUGGCAAUGAUGACGGCAAUCACCUACAAUGUGGCCAAGGAGCGGUUUGGUGUCGAGGAGAGGAAGACCAGCGCUCGGUUUGGUGUCGAGGAGAGGAAGACCAGCGCUCGGUUUGGUGUCGAGGAGAGGAAGACCAGCGCUCGGUUUGGUGUCGAGGAGACGGCUGGCAAGCAUGGCUGUUUCCAGUGGAGGUCGGGUGCAGAGGGUUCCCAGCACAGUCGAUGCGGUUUGUGCUCACUGCACUUGGCAUAUCUGGCAAGGAGAGGAAGACAGCUGUGCGCAGGGUUGGGAGGCAGCAGAGCGAGCCUCAUGCUGGGUGUGGUUUAAGAGGGAGGAGUUGAUGGGCAGUGACCUGGCCACCACUGCUGACCCGCCAGCUGGAGGGUGUAGCGGUUAA